AUGUCUAAACGUAAUGGUGCUGGUCAGUCAUUACCUGUUGGAUUGUCCACUUCGAAAUGCAAACGAAUGGUAAGACCAUUGCUUUCGAAGAUCCAUUCGUUGAACGAUCUCUAUUAUAAGUAUCCUGCAUUACUUGAGAUCAACUUUCAAAUCAAUCCAUAUUUAAUGAAGUAUGAUUAUACUAAACCGUCACCAUUUUCUAUGCCAACAAGAGUGAAUAAACCACGGAAACGAAAGAGAACUCACUCUGACUAUGGUGAUCUAUCUGAUGAAGAAUAUGGGCCAGUCACCAUUGAGAAUAAAACUCCAGAUCCUACAAAUAUGGAAAAUGAAUGUUUGGCGAUUAUAAAACCAAAGGACUCCUUUCAACGUUUGAAAUCACUUCAAACAUUUAUCUCAUCUGAAUUAUAUGACUCCUAUUGUGAAAUAUUUCAGAUAUUCAGAAAUAUAAUAUCAUCAUCGUUGCUCAAUCAUAAAAAUAAUAGAACCCAAGUUUCAUCUUUAUCAUCAUUAUGUUCAAUGUCCCUUGGUAAGUCAAUUGCACUAACUACAAAGUCCACAUAUUACAAAGUUAAUCAGUCAAUGCUCUUUGAUGCAGCAACUAUGCCACCCGAGAUUCGGUUCCAUCAGGAAGAGUUAUUUGAUGAUGUGGAUAGUUGGUUAGAAAUGGAACCAACCAUAAUUUUCAACAAUUAUAGAGAAGAUUUAUUUAUUGGUUACAUUGUUUACCUUUUGAUAUUCCACCAAAAGUUAUUAUACUUAUUGAUACCGGUAUUACUUCAUUGGUUGAAGGAGGAAGCCAUUAAUUCACCUGAAAAGAAAACUUUACUUAAUCGAACCAAGAAUUUACUCUUUGAGAAGUAUUGGAAUAAUAAUGAUAAAUUAUUUAAUAACUCUAUGGAAGAAAAUGUCAUCCUAAUGUUAAACGGAUCGAUAUUAGACAAUUCGGAUACAAAAGGAUUCUGGGCAUUACAUAAAAUAGGUUAUUUUCAAGAAUUGAUCAAUAUGAUAGAUAUUAAAACUUCUCAUAACAAUUACUCCACAUACGAUGAUCUCUUUCUUCAAGCGGUGGACUCAAAAGGUAGAAUAAAUUUUGAACUUUUCCUGUCAUUGGAUCUAGAAGAUUCAGAUGAGAGCUGGUUUCUCACUAAGAUAUACUCCGUGUUCAAGCGUUGUCCUCAACAUCCAAGUUUGAAUUCAAUUUUGGUAAAUAUCUUAACCCAAAUCACAUCAAUGGGGAGAUUAAAACUCUCCACUUUCCAAUAUUCACAUCAAAUCUUGCCACAUUUUACAGAUACAUUUGAAUUGUUGUUUGAUUUCUUAAAUCAAUGGCUUGGAUUCAGACCUCAAAACAUAAUGGUGUUCAAUUCGUUAUACUAUGGUAAUAGUGAUAUGUUUGGUGUUAUUUUACAAUUUUGUUAUUUUGUGAAUUCAAAAUGUUUACAAAUCCAAAAGAAAUUGUUGCAUAACAGUACCGACGAUGAUUCACUUUCCAAUAUGAUUAAUGACUAUGAUGACUUCAUUGAAUGGAUUAAUACACUAAUAAGUGUAGUUCAUAUUUAUGAAGCUUAUUUCCUUGAUGAAUCAGAUAUCAAUUUCAAUCUCAAUCAUAAUUCACCAAGAGUUGUGGCGGAGUUACUACUAGCUAUUCAAAACAGACUGGAUCUAAAGAAUAAGUUAGAUGCGGAAAGUUAUAGACACUUUUUAUAUUGGUUGGUGAAAAAGGAUAAUAAUGAAUUGGCUAGAGAGUGCUUUAAAAAUUAUUAUGGAAAAAGUUUAUGGUUUGAUAAUGAUACGAUAGAUGACAUUAGAUAUUUCUUAUUUGAAGAAAUAAUAUAA